CCUAGGAAAAAAUAGAGCUCCAGAGUGGAGUUUAGGCAGAUGAAAUGCAUAACACAUCCUCCCAUGAGCUGAACCUCUCCGAGCAGGACAACAUGGAUUUCAUGACAGAUCGUGAUGUGCAAAAGUACAUGGACGAUGGGUACGUGGUUCUGGAUGGGCUCUUGACUUCCCAGGAGUGUGAUGAACUGAGGCAGAGGAUGACGGAGAUAGUGGACCGUAUGGACGUCCCGCAGCACUGCCGCACCACCUUCUCCACCUACCAUGACGAACAGCUCAAAACACAGGGAAAUGCUGACUAUUUCAUCACCAGUGGAGAUAAGAUCCGUUUUUUCUUUGAGAAAGGAGUUUUUGACGACAAAGGGGAAUUCAUCAUACCAAAACAGCAAUCGCUCAAUAAAGUCGGACAUGCACUGCAUGCUUAUGAGCCUUUGUACAAAAAGGUUACACAUUCACCCAAAAUGCAGGGCAUCGCCAAGAAGCUCAGCCUUGUAAACCCGGUGAUACUGCAGAGCAUGUAUAUUUUUAAGCAACCAGGAAUUGGUGGGGAAGUGACGCCUCACCAAGACGCUACUUUUCUGUACACGGAGCCUCUGGGCAGAGUUUUGGGGAUAUGGAUAGCCCUGGAGGACGCCACUGUUAACAAUGGCUGCCUGUGGUUCGUCCCGGGGUCACACAGCAGUGGCAUCACCCGGCGAAUGGUGCGUACUCCAAAAGGCACCUUUCCCCUGACAGACUUUGUUGGUAAAGAGCAGAACUAUGAUGAAGAUAAGUUUAUCGCGACACCAGUUAAAAAAGGCAGUAUAGUCCUGAUCCACGGUCAGGUGGUGCAUCGCAGUGCUGAAAACACCUCUGAAGACUCUCGCCAUGUCUACGCCUUCCACAUCAUGGAGUCCCAGGACACCCGCUGGAGCCCCGAAAACUGGUUGCAGCCCACUGAAGAGCUCCCUUUCCCGUCUCUCUAUACUAAAUGAAGGACGUCUUUGAUGCACCUCAUGGAAAAGUCAGACGAUCUAUUCUCUCCUGAAGAAGGACCAACAUGUACGAAGAAUGUUAACCGUAGCAGAUGUGCUACCAUUGCUCACAGUUUGUUUUGUGACACCAUCUGUUUCUCUCAGCUACCGAACAGAAAACACUAUUUCUCUAGCAGCAGAGUCAUUAGUGGCUUAAUGAUGGCUAAAGCAUAUUUUUGAUGAAUUUAUGAAUGUUUUUAAUAGACUAAAAAUUAAUUUGAAUAAACAUUUUAAACUUUU